AUGAAGAAUUAUUGGUACACGGCAUCGUGUGGAAGCCUCGUGAUGUACUGGAAAAACAUCGGGCCGCACCGCUUCAAAAUAAAUAGUUUAGCCACUUUUUCUGGUAAAUUUAUCUACGCCGACGAUAAGGAAUCAACCGAAUAUAAUAGAAUCUGUGAAAAAAACGUCACGAAACUUAUCAAAAAUGUUGUGUCAGUCAGUGUAAUUGUCAUUUUUGCGCAUUUACUUAUUCUCGUUGGGCCAAUCUAUGCGUAUAUUUUCAAAGAUAUGUACAUCACACCAUUGGCCACACAUUUACCUUUUCUGGAAAAAGAUUCCAGUACUGAGUUCCUGUGGAGUCUUGCUCAACAGUGUGUCAUUGCACUAUAUUCAAUUACCGGCAAUUUAACUGUUGAGAUAAUAACAUGCUUAAUUAUUGACACUGUCAACUCGGUUCCUGAAUUAAUUUGGCUCAAUUUAAAGCAGCUUGCCGACGGAGUACAAAAGGAGCACUCCCGUUUGAGGGUUCACAUUCGUUUGCGUAACGUAUUGAUUCAAGCGCAAGAUCUCGAUAGAUACCUUUUGGAUGUGGUCGACGUUUACUAUGUCAAAUUAUUUGAAGCACCAUUCCUCUGGACCUUUUCAAUCAGUUUAUCGAUUUUUGCUCAAUUUGUUCUCAAAUUUCCAGCAGGAUAUGGAAUCGCAUUGUGCUGCUACGUUCAAAUACUGAUCAUGUGCAACAUGGGGAAUAAUGUGAAAAAUUCGAUUGAAAACGUUGCGAUGGAGUUGUAUGAUAUGCCAUGGUAUUUGUUGACUGCAACAAAUCAGAAGCAUGUGAGCGCUGCCAUUCAUCGACUGCAAAAUGGACCUGUUUUGACAAUUGGACCGUUAGGUGUCAUUGAUUUUGUGUAA